GUUUUUUUUAGUUAAUCUUCUAACCACCAUUCACAAGUUAAGUGUAUGUAUGUAAUGAUGAUAUUUGAUUGAUUUAGUUUCAUUUCAUUUACGUUGCGUAUUAAAAAAUUGAUGAUUAUUGAAGAUUAACGUUUGGUUGGAAUUUUACAUUUCGUAAAUCAACAAACAUCGUUCAUGUUUUUUCAUCAAAACUACGUUCUGUAAAGUGUUAAUCGAUUUAUGUGAAAAAUCAAAUGUUUCAAAAGUAUAUUUUUUCCUAAAAAAAAUCAUUGUUUUCAGUCCGUUCAGUGUUUCUACGUGUUAUUUUUCGUGUGUGUGUUUGUGUUCAUUUUCCAUGAUGUUCCAGUAGUGAAAAAUAAUUGAUCUCAUCAAAUUCAGUGUUUUUGUGUGUCCGUGUGUUUCGUGUUUCAUUCCAAUCUUAAGAAAAAAGUGCUGUGUUUUGUUGUUGUUUCAAUUCUUUCAACGGGUGAAAAUUCUCCCAAAGUGAAUGUGUUUUUCAAUCUUCAUCAUUUAAUUUGAAUAAAAUUCAGUGUUUUUUGUUUGUUUGUCUGUUUCGUUUUUCGGUUGAUUCAACAUUUAAAAAUCGUUACCAAUGAUGGCCCAUAAGUAUGAUGACGGGCUUUAUGGAUCGAUGGAAAAUCCAUAUGCAUCAAUGUCUGGAUUUGGUUCCGGUCAUGGUUUACAUUUAAAUCAUGGUACACCACAACCACCACCACCACCACCAUCAUCAUCAUCAACAUCAAUAAUACCAUCAUCAAUGCACAAUUCUUAUCAUAAUAAUAAUAAUAAUAAUAAUAAUCAUCAUGGUAUUAUGACAAAUAAUGGUCCAAUGUUAGGACAAAUGGCAGAUAAAAGAGAUAAGGAUGCUAUUUAUGGGUAUGUUUUUUUUNGUGUGUGUCCGUUUGACUAA